AUGAUACGGCCCAAAAAGGUCGCCAUAAUUGGCGCAGGCCCAUCUGGCCUGGUGGCCGCCAAAACCCUUCUUCACAACUUCCCCGAGGGAACAUUUUCUCCAACUAUAUUUGAAAAAUGCCGCAAUGUCGGCGGACUCUGGCCUACCAGUAACGACUAUGACCGUAGUGUGCGUUCUCAACGGGAUCGUCGGGGAUUCAUCGAUCCCGCUAUGCGGACCAACCUGAGUCGGUUCACGGUGGGGUUCUCUGACCUGGCAUGGGAGUCUGUCAUUGAAGGCUCGGACGUUCCGAUGUUUCCGCAGGCUUGGCAGGUGGGUAGGUAUCUGGAGAAAUAUGCAGAACUGUAUGUGCCGAGGGAGGUGUUGAGAUUCGGACGGAAAGUGGUGGGUACGGUUCGUGAGAAGAAUGUGGAUUCAGAUGUUCGGUGGACGGUGCAGUGGGUUUCUGAAGGGAAUAUCGAAGAUGAUGGAGAAAGACUCUUGGAGAACUCUGAUGAUCAGGAGGUGCAUUCGGAGCAGUUCGAUUUCCUUCUUGUCGCUUCUGGAUACUUCUCGCGUCCGUAUGUCCCGGAUAUUCCAGGUUUGUCUGGAUUAUCCGACAGGACGAUCCAUAGUUCAGACCUGCACGACGAAGAGGACAUGCGUCGGCUGCUUGAGAGGUCUGGCUCUCAAGGAGGUAAACUUGUCGUUAUCGGAGGUAGUAUGUCCGGCGUUGAGACUGCUUCUGCACUGGCACUUCAUUUAUCGUCGAUGAAUUUUAAACCCGGGUCAUUGGCUCAACCCGGGAGACCAUACCAAGUGUAUCAUAUUUGCUCACGGCCUUUCUGGACUGUGCCGUACUAUCUGCCACACCGAACACCGCAGGGCCAUGCGCACCCCGACAGAGUUCAAAUUCUACCACUGGAUCUAGUCUUCUACGACCUGGCGCGUCGUCCUCCUGGACCGGUUGAAUAUGGAUUCGGCCCUGCGUCGCCACAGCAAGCGAUCAAACUAAACCAAUAUUUCCGCUCUUUGCUAGGGUCUGAUUACAUAGAUGCGGGAGAAAAAGUAUAUACUAUGGACAAAGAACAAGGAGAAGGAAUACAGCCUUCAUGGAUAGGUAUAGGGGAUGAUUAUGCAGAAUUUGCGCGAUCAGAGUUAAUCAAGACUACCAUCGGUCGGGUCAGCGCAGUCCAUGCGCAUGAGAAAGACGGAGUCAGAAUCGAUAUCAGACUAGCUAGUGGAGAAGCAGCGAGCUUGGAUAACGUCAUCUGCAUUGUAUCAGCUACAGGCUUUACACCGUUCUCUUCUCUUUCAUUCCUACCCAGGGACGUUCUUUCCACGUUGGAAUACUCGGCAAAUGACUCUUUCUUUCCCCUUGUCCUUGAUGGUAAAGGGAGCAUGCAUGCCCAGGUGCCGGAUCUAGGCUUUGUAGGGUUUUACAGGGGCCCGUACUGGGGUGUGAUGGAGAUGCAGGCGCGGAAUGUUGCAGAGAGAUGGUUUCAAUUCCUGUCAAAGAAAGAAGUGUCAUUGUCAGCGGAGGAGAUGGAGAAAAGGGCCCUUGAAAGACAGGCGGUUCGUGAGUUUCGACGUGCCGGAUCUAAUGUUCAGUUCCCGAUGGGCGAUUAUGUAGGGUUGAUGGAGACCUUUGCCCAGGAUUUGGGGAUAUGUCGUUCGUCCCUUCGAGAGGCUGAGGACUGGGCUGGCCCCGUUGUUCCUGCUCGGUAUACGAACAAUGGGGCUGAACAUAGAAAGAAUGCUGAGACAAAGAGCAUGAUGGACUCCCUGCGAAAAACACUCUUCCCCUCUGUUUCAUCUCCCAGCUUGGCCAUGGCGACUGCAACAUUCAGAGCUCUACAUGGGACCUGGAAGUUUGUUCAAACUUCCACCAGUAGUAAGGAAAUCGUACCCGGGACAACGACAUUCCAUCCGCGAUAUCCCUCAAACCUCGAAUAUGUAAAAGAAUACGUCUGCGAGGAGAAGACACAUGGAUUCACCAAUACGUAUACCAGAACAAUCUAUCGACUUGCCGGAAACGACAGCUCAUCGCAUAUUCUUAUCUGGCAGGUGGAUUCGACUCAAGACCCAAAUGUGGCGUCUCAAUUCUCGCACGGAUUCUGCAUCUCGUCAACGCAUGCAAGUGAAGAAAGUAAUGUGACAUUUGUGGUACACGCCACUGCAGAUGUGGAUGACCAUGGCAAUGGACAUGAGUAUGUGUUCCACUUCGACGGUGUGACAAUCUCAUCCUGGGAGCGUACUGUGUUCAACAAGGACGGUUCUUCCAUAAGGAGCAUCUACACUCGACACGAUAGUUAA